AAUAAUAGCACAAGCAGAGUCCAUAUCUUGGAAGACUUACGUUAUCCUUUAAGCCUCCUUCAGCUAACACAACAACAUUUUUUUUUGCACUUAAUGACGCUUAAUUUCAUUUCUUAUCGGGUCCUAGGGGGGAUUAUUCAUUCAUAUAAAACAAUCUGCAGCUGGUGCCAGCCUAAAAAGUCUCCCUCCUUUGAGUCAAGUCAUCUAUUAUUGAGCGAAAGGCCGUGCGUGGAAAUGUGUGUAAGAAGGUGGAUUUGAAGUAGAAUUGGUUGCAAUCGAUCAAGGGUGAAGAAUAUUCCUGAUGGUAACAAAAGAAGCAGCAAUGUCUUUCUCGCAAUUUGGAUACCCUUACAAUGCAACUUCACAGUUUUUCGUGUCGGCAAACCCCAGUACGACUUGCUGCGAUUCGAUUUCCAGGUCGGUCUCUGACGGGACAGGCAGCUCCCAGACCGCCGCCGCCUCCUUCUGCUGCCCGCCCUACGAGAACCGGCUGCUGGAGCGCAGCCGCACGGAGCUGAACGCGGCGCUGGGGAUGUACGGCUCCCCCUACGCCGCCGCGGCGGCAGCCAGCCACAACUACAACUACUUCCCCUACGGAACAGACCCGUCCGCGCUCUACUCCACUCUGAAUCCACAAUAUGACAUCAAGGACAGCACAAGCACUUUACACUCUGGCAUCACUCAGACUGCUGCUUACUAUCCCUACGAUCACUCCCUGGGACAGUACCAAUAUGACAGAUAUGGGACGGUAGACUUUAACGGCACAGCCAGAAGAAAGAACGCCACACGUGAAACCACCAGCACCCUGAAAACGUGGCUCUAUGAGCACCGCAAGAACCCCUACCCCACCAAGGGAGAGAAGAUCAUGCUGGCCAUUAUUACUAAGAUGACGCUCACCCAGGUGUCCACCUGGUUCGCCAACGCCAGGAGACGGCUAAAGAAGGAGAACAAGAUGACCUGGUCGCCAAAGAAUAAGACCGGUGACGACAAGAAGGAUGACCUCAACAAGAGUGACCAAGACUGCGUCACCAAAGAUUCCAGCGACUGCAAGGAAGAGAAGGAUCUGCAUCUAAGUGACUUGGAGGACAUGGAUGAGGACGACUGUGACAAGCUAGAGAGUGACUGUGAAAAGACAGCAGCGGACGAGCAGGACUUCCAGAGGGCCAUGGCCGUAUCUGCAGCUCCCCCCAAAAAAGACUGCAGCUCCGAGCUGCACCUGAGUUUGACCAACAGCUUCCACUCGUUCCCCUGCGCCAUCAAGAGUGUCGCCGCCCUCCCCCCUCUCCCGUCUGAUUUCCUGGAUCCUGUAGUCCCCAAACCCGCCUCUGGCCCAUCGGCAGGAACCGUGUCCCUGUCCCACUUUGAGGCGUCGGAGAAGCCGCGGAUUUGGUCCCUGGCUCGCACGGCAGCUUCCGGGGUCAUCCUGAGCCCUCAGCAGCUCGGCCCCGAGCUGAGGACGGGGAACUCCACUGGGGAUUGCCAGCUACAAAGCGUCAGACUUGCGGGGGUUCCUACUGGACAGUGCGGGGCCAUGAGAGGCCUCCAUGAAACCGGCAGCAUCAACAAUGCUGAGAGCACAUUCCCAGAGGGCUCAUCCUUGCACUCCAAAGUUUAUGGCACUAGCAGCUACGGCCACAAGGGCCUCCAACUUCACUGUUCUUCCUAUUCUGCACUUCCAGAGACAUGUCAGUACUCCACUAUUGAAGGAUUCUCUGGCGGCAAAGCAGAGAUCCAGUCGUCUGACCUCAGCGAAGCCUGUGGGACCCUGCAGGAUGACAAGGUCACUGCAUUCAGGCCAGUCAUGAAGAGGUGAAGCAGAUUUUUCUGGUGAGAUGCCAAGAAGAAAUAACAGGAUAUUUAUUAUGCACUAAAGGCCACGCUGGCCGAGCAGAGCGGCCGAGGAGCUGCAGGCUCUGCUGCAGAGAAAGCUGUCAAACCGUGGACUUGACUAUCAUUUUGCACAACGCAGUUUUUAUGACGUGAAAGACUUUAUGCAAAAAUAACCCGAGAUGCAAACGUGCGACCGUGGCUCCAAUGGGAAUGGAAGAAUCUGUCUAUGGCAAUCGUGUAGUGUAGCAAAACCUAUUUAUUUCUCUGUGUAUUUAUUACUUUAUGUUGUCUCUUUGAUUAUUAUUUAACUUGUUGCAUUUGUGUUUUGUUCAAUGUUUCGUUUCACCGUGGCUUCUUCGUGUCAUUUCGCCUGAUGUAAAAGAGGAAGAAAAAAAAAGCUGGUUGGACUCACAGCUGACUAUAAAAGCACCGAAUCCGCCGUUUUGCGAGUACACUGUUGUUCUUUUUCUUUUUUUUCUUUUUAUCUGUCAUUGUGUUAAACUGUGAACUCCUGCCGUGUUUUGCCACCCAUGACAAUUUUCUAACAAUACAUUUUUUU